AGUGGUUUACCGACGUACCCGGAACUAUUCCCAAGGUUUCUUUUUUUUUUUUUCUUUUCUGUUAAACCCUGCAAGCUCUCGGACCCUAGGCGUCUGAGACAUUUGGGGGGGGGGGUCGCCAGAGCACCCCCCCAUUGUCAGGCCCGUUGGUGAGUUCAGCUUCCAACACCAUGGCUCCUGUGUUGGGCUCUCGUAGCCCUGAACGGGAGGCCUCCGGAGGAAAAGGUCGCAGUUCAUCGAGGAGCCCUAAGCCCAGGAAAUCAUCCCGCUCCCCGCGGGGUCCCCGGUCUCGUUCGCACUCUUGUUCUCGGCUUGGUGACAGGAAUGGCUUCAACCAUUCACUGAGUGGCUUCAGCCAAAGCUCUCGAAACCAAUCUUACCGCCCCCGCUCUCGAUCUCGUUCUCGGGAGCGGCCCUCUGCACAGCGGAGUGCCCCUUUUCCGUCGGCAUCUUCGUCCGCCUAUUAUGGUGGUUACUCGCGUCCCUACGGGGGUGACAAGCCAUGGCCUAGCCUGCUGGACAAGGAGAGGGAGGAGAGUCUGCGGCAGAAGAGAUUAAGUGAGAGAGAGAGGAUUGGAGAAUUGGGAGCUCCUGAAGUUUGGGGACUUUCUCCAAAGAAUCCUGAACCAGACUCUGAUGAACACACACCAGUAGAGGAUGAAGAACCAAAGAAAAGCACUACUUCAGCAUCUAGUUCAGAAGAUGAAAAGAAAAAGAAAAGGAAAUCUAGUCAUUCCAAAGAAAGAUCCAAGAAAAAGAGAAAGAAAAAGUCAUCUAAAAGAAAACAUAAGAAGUAUUCUGAAGAUAGUGACAGUGACUCUGAAUCAGAAACAGAUUCCAGUGAUGAAGAUACAAAAAGAAGAGCAAAGAAAGCUAAGAAAAAAGAAAAGAAGAAGAAACGGAGAGUGAAGAAAUACAAGAAAAAGAAGACUAAAAAGAACAGAAAAGAGUCCAGUGAUUCGAGCUCUAAAGAGUCCCAGGACGAAUUUCUUGAGAAUCCUUGGAAGGAUCGAUCAAAGACAGAGGAACCAUCCGAUCUCAUUGGCCCAGAGGCUCCCAAAACACUUGCCUCCCAAGAUGAUAAGCCUUUGAAUUAUGGCCAUGCUCUGUUACCUGGUGAAGGUGCAGCUAUGGCUGAAUAUGUGAAAGCUGGAAAGCGCAUCCCACGAAGAGGUGAAAUUGGCUUGACAAGUGAAGAGAUCGCAUCAUUCGAAUGUUCAGGUUACGUUAUGAGCGGUAGCAGGCACCGGCGAAUGGAGGCUGUACGACUGCGGAAGGAGAAUCAGAUCUACAGUGCUGAUGAGAAGAGAGCCCUAGCAUCCUUCAACCAAGAAGAGAGACGAAAGAGGGAGAACAAGAUCCUGGCCAGCUUUCGAGAGAUGGUUUACAGAAAGACUAAAGGGAAGGAUGACAAAUGAGGGAUUUCUGACUUUACAAGUGGAUAUUUUAACAUCACAAAGGAAAUUGUGGGUUCUAGAGAUAUACACAAAAAGGUCAUUUUGUUUUCUUUGUUUGUUAGGUUAUGUUUUGAUGUGUGGUUUUAAGUAGCCCAGGUUGACUUCAGGCUUCAGACUUUGUAACUAAGGAUGACUAAAGUCUUGGUCUCCUGUCUCUACCUUCCAGGUGUUGAGAUUCCAGACGUGUACUACCAUGCUAAGCCAAAAAGGCUAUUGUGCUCUGAAAUUAAGGCUUUUCAGUGCUUCUGUGCCUUCUUUUUAAUUCUUCAGCCCCUUAUAAAAGAUGCUUGUUGAUACCAUUAGUAAAUUAUUUGGGGCUUUUUUAGAUUCACCUCAAAUUUCUGGUAUAAAAAUCCAAAUUUUGAAUGAAAUCCUGCUGUGUUAGGAAGGUGGCAUAGAGAGAAAGUGGCAGCCUAAUGAGAAUUAAUAACUCUCACAUCAUGAUUUGGUGUGAAUAUUAUUAACUCCAUACAUGUCUGCCCCUACCCCGGCAGAACUUGGGAAUUUCAUAUCUUGUCUUCAAUGUGUGAAAAACAGGUUUGAGAGAAACUCUGUAGGUGAUUUCUGUUAACAAGAUGAAGGUGUUGCUGUAAAAGGCAACUCUAGAAUUUGAAAACUGACUUGUUUCUAUAGUCUUCCUUAGAAAUGUAUUUUGGGCUAAGUCUACCUCUACUCUAAAAACAAGCAGACCAAAUGACUAAUUCACAAAUGUGUGGAAUAGAAAAUGUGAGCAUUUGAUGUUUUAAGUUCUUCAUAAAUUAGUUAAAAUAGUUCUUUUAGUGGCUAGGGUAUAGCUGAGAGUUAGAACAUGUGCUUAUGAUGCAUGAGGCCCUAAGCUACAUCCCAGCAGUGCAAGAAUUUUUUUCAAAGACAAUUUUGGGAGGUCUAUUGUUGUGCCAUUAUAAAAAUACUAUUUCUAUCUAAGCUGAUUUUUAAUGAUAGGAUAAUAUCUAAAAGAAUGAGUAUCAAGAGUGCUGAUAUGGGAAAUAUAAGUAUUUUAAUUAGCUGUUUCAUGAUGAUGAAGGUAAAAUGUUAACCAUUAUCAAUGAGUCCUAUCAAUGAGUCCUUUAUGGAUUUGGAUUUCUUUAAUGAGACAGAGUCUCACUAUGUAGCCCUGGAUGGCCUGGAACUCAGAGAGUUGCCCCUGCCUCUGCCUCCCAGGUGGUAGGAUUAGAGAUGUGUGCCACUGCACCUGGCUAUCAGAUUCUAAACACUGUUAAGAUCUGCAGCAUUUUUAUAUCUAUCAGUGUCUUUAAUUCUUAACUUUGUAGAAACCCUCCCCACUUUGUCACUGUUUCAAAUGUUUAAUAUAUGUUUUGGAAAGUGUGUUUUUAAUCCAAAACUGCUGAACUGAGCAGCAGUUAGCAUGUAGUAACAUCUGUCAUCUUUGAACUUGAAAUUAUUUCACUGUGUUUAUACUUCUAGGUCUAAUAAGUAUAUAGUUUCCUAAAGUUUAAUGGAAAGUAGGUUCUAAAGUUGGAAGUCUUUUUAAUCCAUAUACUUUCUCAUAUGAUACAAUAUAAAGUUUAUAAUCCAUUCAUUCAAAUUUAUUCUAUAGAGGCAUUAGUUUUUGUUAACUGGCUGAAUAUGUUUUUGUUUUUUCAUUGGAAAUGUAGUUUCAAUGCAACAUUUUUGUGGGUGUAUAGAUAUUAUGGAUUUUCUUUUGCGUCUUCUCCUCCACAGAGUAGAUACAGGCAAUGAAAAAAGAUAAGAAUUUAUUUUAAAAUUUACCAUUCUUUGCAUCACAGUUUAUUUGGAUAAGAUCUGAAAAGAAUAGCUUCAGAUCCUUUACAAAGUGGAGGGCUAAAAAGUAUUUUAUUUUCAGGUUAUUUGAGUUACUGCUUCAAACUGUGUUUUGUCCCCUGAGCUCUAAGUUAACCUUUGUUUCCAAAAGCAAAUCUUCCCUGGCCUACAGAGGAAAAAAUACACACACACACAUACACAUACAAACACACACACACAUACAGUCAUAAUCAAACAAAACGUUGAGCCAGGAAUUCCCUGUUUGUUACAUUCCCAGUGAACAUGAUAGUGGCUAGGAUUUUACCUGUAUUCCUCAAUUCCUCAUAAUUCUUUAGGCCUGUGUAAAAAUCUAUAUAGAACUGUUGUAAUUUAAAUACUUUGUUUUGUUCUCUAAAGAGACUUACCUAGUUUCUUACCUGUUGUUCAUAGGAUUUUCUCAUUUUUAAUUUGUUGUACAAAGAUAAUAGUAAAAAUAGAAGAUUGCUCAGUCCUACCACGUGAGUUGUUAUAAGUGUUGUAUGUUUCUUGUAUGUCUUUGUCCCUCAAAGUGUAGUGUAAUUUUGUCUUUGGUAUUUUAAAGUAAUGUGAGCAGGCAUAGAAGCCCUAUUGGGAAGGUAGAAAUAUGUGAUGAUCCAAUGUGAAGGCAGAAACAAGACCAGAAAUAGUAAGGGUGGUAACCCAUCUCUGCUUCAUUACAGUCACAAGCAUGAUGGUAUGUCCUAGAUGCCAAAGUACUCUGUUUCAGAGUUUGGCAGUAAGGCUCACCUUACAGUAAAAGAGAUCUGUGAGGAGGAGAGUCCUUAAGACUGGUUAGUGUGAGCUACAGAACUGUUGCCAUUUUCUUACCCAGGAUAUCCAUAAAAAAGUGUAUCAAGCCUUGAGGUAGGCAUAGAGAAGGACCAAACAGUUAAGGGCCAAUGGGUGAACUUUAGUAAUGUUCAAAAUUCAACUCUGUGCUUGCCAGACUCCAAAAUCAUAAUACAGUGUUGAGAAAAAUCUUUUCAAAAACAGAAAGGAACUUACUGUAAGAUUGAUAAUGAAUAAAAGCAAAAACACAGUUGGAUUGUGUACCACAAGUUUAUUAUUCAAUAAAUAUUAUGUGGUUUGA